GGGUUUAAGAGAACUAUUCCAACGUCAGAUUUCAGUGUGGAUCAAAAGGAUAGUUGUUUCCUUGACGCCGAGUAAGUUUGUGAUUAAAUUAUUUUUUUUUUUUUUUUAAAGUCGUGCACACCACAUCAUAAUGUCGAGUUUCAAGGAAGAAGCUAACAUACAAUUUAAAAGAGAAAUGCCGAGAGGGGUGCAUUCGGUUUAAAUGAAUACGAAGUUUAAACAGCGUAGCGUAAAAUACAAACAUAAAAUUUUUUUAGAAAACCUUUUGACGUUGAUCAAAUGAUAAGUUGGUUUAAUUAACGUAAAGUUAGCUGAGAUUGAAGUAUUUUAAAUUCGUGCAUGUCACCUCGUGAUGACACAUGUCACCUCGUGAUGACACAUGUCACCUCGUGAUGACACAUGUCACCUCGUGAUGACACAUGUCACCUCGUGAUGAUACAUGUCAAACACAAAUUCAUUAAAAGUAAAGGAUGUGGAAAAGGUAGCUGUACCUGAGAGACUAGUCAGUGCUGCGAUGACUACCAGGUGCAACAAUCUCCACCCCUCCAUGUCUUGACAGUGUUAAGUUUGUGUCCGAUGAUUACAAACAAGAUCUCCCACGACCUUUGAUGCUCUCAAACUUGAGCCAUGUUUUUGUGUUAUCUCAUGAAUCAUACGAGUGGAACAGUGAUUGGAUGUGGGGGAAAACCGAAAUAAAGUGGGGCAGGGGAGUUUGGGGGGGGGGGGGGUUACAGAUAAUAAUGGUGAGGGGGUGUAGGGUAUUUUGAAAUGAAAUUGAGUGAGACUUAAUGUAUAUCUGCCUUCCUCUACGAAAAUCUGUCUUUCUCAUGUGUAUCUGCCUUCCUUUAGGCAUAUCUGCCUUCCGCUUUGAAUAACUGCCUUUUGAAUUAUUCCUCAGCAAACACUACCCAUCCUAUUAAUUUAUGACAAAUGGAAUUAUGAAUUUUAUGUUUAUAACUAAAUAAUAGUAGUGAAAUUUUCCAAAUUACUUGGAACAAUAUUAGUUAACCCCCCCCCCCCCCUUUUUUUUUUAAAGUUUGUUUUGGAGCCCAUGCUUCAGCUUAAACCAUUGGUUCUUAACCUGGGUUCGAUCGAACCCCAGGGGGUCGGUGAGCCAGUCUCAGGGGUUCGGCGGAGGUCCAAAAAGAAUCAGAAAAAAAAAUCAUAUUUUAUUUUUCCUAUUAAGAAGGGUUCGGUGAAUGCGCACAUGAAACUGGUGGGGUUCGGUACCUCCUUAAAAGGUUAAGAAACACUGGCUUAAACUGUUUCACCUCUAACAAAGCUCUGAGACAUUUCUAUAUUGUUUUUAUGUACAGAAAUUUACUGAAUCAUUUGCUUUUCUGUGUCCCCAUAACAUGUAAUCUCAUAACGUUUAAUAAAUUGUAGUCAACAUUUUAAGGAGUUCAGUAAGGGACAAAACUCGACUAUAUUUUACUGUCGACAGACAUUCCACUUUCUUCGAGCUAAGAAUAGUAUCAUACAAAACCUCAUUUUCAUCGCCUUGCUAAUGAAAGAUAGGAAAUUCAGGAACUUUGUCUGGUGAUUUUUGAUUUGUUAAUUAUUUCCCUUUUGUCAGCCAAAAGAAAUGGAGGACUUGUAGAUAUUCUUACAGGGGAAAUUUUUAAAAAAUAAAUAAAUAUGACAUGAAAAACAUCAUUCAAGUACAUGUAUGCAGAAAAUAAUAAAGUACACAGUACCAUAUGCUUUAUACCAUGUACAUCAAAAUUCCCCAUCAACAGCUUGAUCGAGUCUCAUCAAUAUAAUCUGUUCCAACUUUGUUAACUACUGGCACUAUUACCCGUCUUAAUUAACUUGUCUUCCUAUAUUACAUUCUUCAGAUUUCAUUUCACAUAAACUAAGAGUUGUCAAAAAAUUAUUUUAAAAAUACUAACUAGCCCCCGAAAGCAAAGUUUUUCCUAUAAAUCCUUUGUAUGCAUUUUUUAAAUGUUAUAUAUUCUAAUGUCCCACCCCAGUUUAUACAGCAUAUUUAUUUCACUAACUAUUUCAGAAAACCAAAAGAUAAUAUACGCAACUUACGCACUUGUGAUAUUUUUUUAAAAAGAGUCUCACAUUAGCGCAGUCAUCGGGAUUUUUAUUUUGUGAAGUCAAUCUCAUCUUAUUUCCUCCAUCUUCCCCUUGGAAACCCCACCCCCCCCCCCCCCAAAAAAAAAACAACGUAUUGUUGGGGUUCGGGGUUAGGGCUUAAAAUGUGAUAGAAUGUUUUGUCUUCGGAACCAGUCUAUGUGCAAAUUGUCAGCUGAAUAGGUAAACGGGAAGUGGGUCUAAUUUUAAAACUUCCUUUCAUUUUGUACAAAAUGUAAAAAUGUUAACGAGUGCUUAACGACAUAGUAUGAAAAGGAAAAGCCGCUUUAGAGGAAGUAUCUCUUAGCGUCUCAUCCAAAAAUACAAUCUAGGAGCAUUGUGCUAGUUCCAUUUAACUUAGUUCAACUUAAUUUUUUUAAUAUAGCCAUACACACAAAAAAAUGUAUCUACUUUUGUUGAGCAAAAUAUCAUGUGAUUAAGAAGAUGACUAAAAGAUACAGGCCACGCAUCAUUACAAAAUGUCUAAGGCCUGACUCAAACUAAUGCUCGGAAGAGACAAACAUACGCGUUGAACGUGGUGCAGCACAAACUUUUUAAAUGUUUGUUAUAGCCAGAGUAAGGGGUUUGUUUGUUUGUUUUAUUUUUUUGUUGUUCUUUUUAAAAAAAAAAUAGGUCUUAAAUUCGAACAAGAUUUUGUUUUAAUCAAGUGGACUCAGGGUCUAUAAUUUUUUUUAAAAAGAUCCACAAUCAUAAAUUGCUUACAUCGAUGUUGACCUUGAAACUAGAUUGAUAAGACUAAUGGUGGUUGUUUUUUUUUUUUUUUUUUUUUUUUUUUUUAAUUUUUUUGGAAAUAUUUUUGUUUUUUUUUUUUUUUUUUUUUUUUUUUUUUUUUUAGACUGUUCUGGAACAAUGUCGAUGUUUUGGUAACUUGAAUGCACAAGAUGGAAGCUUUAGUCAUUCUUCUUCUACCAACAGUCUUCACAUUCAGCCUUAGUCUCACAGGUAAGGUUGAAUUUACCGUAUAAUGAUGUUUUUUACUUCAAAAAUAAAUAGGUGGACACGAGUAAAAAUAGAAUCGUUUUAAAAACACAUCCAGUUGUCAAUGGAUGAAAAUACAAUUAAUGGGUUACAUAUUAAAACAGUUUGGAAUGUUUAACAAUCCACACUCUGAAAAUAUCCUCUUGCACUUAAAGUAUUUAAGUAUUAAAGUAUUUAAAUCUCCGGUUUCCAAAACAUAAAUGGUGACACCCCCCUUACCCCCCCUCCUCCACAAACCCAAACCAACUGGCGUCACUGAAGGUUUUAUGUGGGGGGUCGCCAGCUCAAACAGUCAACUAAGAAACAUACGAAUUGAAAGGAGCUUAUAAUUUUUAAUCCGAUCUGUAUUUGUUUUUCCUAAUAGCGUAAGAUUUUUAAAAACACUUUUAUCUAGCUUGCACUUUUGUCUGUGUGUUGGUUUAUCUGUGUGUGUGUUUCUCUGGGUCAAAUCAUGUAACUUAAUUUUCGACCUUUUCCUUUCGUCCCACUGAUUUGAAAUUUUGCAUGGUUUCUCAAUUCUGGUGACAACAGAACCUUUCAUGGAAGGAAAUGCUGCAAGAAAUCAAAACAAGAUACAAUAGAUGGGUAGUUUAACAAACAUGGAGUCUGCUGUUUCGCCAUUUUGUGCAUUUCUUUAAAGUUGUUUAGAGGAACUUCUGAGUACACUGAAAUUCCAAAUUUCAGCGUCUAAAAGAUGAGGGAGAUGUCUUUGUGCGUGGAAUUUAAAAACAGAUCAGUGACAGUCUCCCUUUCAUGUAAAGUAUUUUCUUUCUUGUUGCAUUUCCUGACGUGUCUGGUGACAACGCUUGUAUUUUUGUAGGCAUGAUUAACUCUAAGAAAAUCCUCGGACGUCUCAUAAAAGUAUUUUCUACUUUUUUAGUGGACUUUAUAAAAGGGUGACUUAAUUAAUUUUUUUUUUAAAUAUUAUUUUAUCUGUAUAAAACGUUUUAUUAUUUUUUUUUUAAAAAAAGGAAAAAAGAAACAAACAAACAAACAAAACAGAGACGUGGCUGGCCAUAAGAUCCAAGUUUGGAGACCUGUAAUUCAGAGAAAGAAAUUCGAAUUCUUUUUUAAAUCCUUGAUAUUAACUUCGCUUUUUUUGUGGCUGGCAAAAUCAUCGGACGGCUAAUUGUCCCACCUCCCGCCAACCUAUCGAGCUGAAUCUCGGCAAUUAGAUUCGUUGCGCUGGCAACACAUUCUAUCAAAUUAUCAGCCCCAUCUCCAACAGUUUGCCUGUUUUUCGAUUGGGAUUAUGAAGGAAAUAUGAUGACACUUGUAAUGAAUCAUAAACGUGUGGGUUAUGAUGUUACUUGUAGAGUUGUAGUUAUCGCUCACACUAUUCAUACACAUUUACAUACGUCCAUGAUUAUCCAAACAAUUACUGAAUUACCAGAGAACUCAUUGAAUCAGCAUCACGACCAAUGUUCCCUUUAAGCUGCGUGGCUCCGCGGCCGCGCAGCUAUCUCACAUACGCCGCGCAGUAGUUUUGAGUACCGCGCAGCAAAUUUCCAUGCAUGUGUGCGUUUAUGGGCUGUAAAAUUUUGCACACAAAAAAAUUGAUGCUGUAAAACUUUGCACACAACUUUAUGAUUUUGCACACGAACCAGCAAACCUUAGAGGGAACAUUGGUCACGACGUUUAUGGACUGAUCCACGAACACAUAAUAAAAUGAUAUCUCUGUAGAUCAGCGUAAAAAUAUAAUUCUUCAUACCACUUCUUCCAUUUCACAAUCAACAUUGAGAUGCUGUUUAAUAACUAAAUGACCGAAGCAAGUGCUAAUGGAAAAAAACCUCCAACCGUCACUGUCACUUUUCUUUUAUCCCAUAAUUCCUUAACUUCCUGGUUAAUUUUUUUUUUACUUAACAAAACAAUACAUUUUUUUACAAAAACCAAAUUGAUAUCUAAACAUUUGAUCUGUA